UCUCUCUCUCUCUCUCUCUCAUUCACACACAAUAUUUCCAAAACACACUAUAAAAACCACUGAACACAGAGUCAGCCUUCGAAAACCAGAUCAACAUAUUCUCGGAAUCUCCUCUCUAAAAUCAAAAUUAUAAACCCUACAAGUUGCAUAGAAAGUGAGACCCUUUCAUUAUAGGAAAUGUGUGUGCAAGACGCAGAACAAGUCAGUGAGGGAAUGGAAAAUCAAGAGGCUUGGGCUUUGCAUUCUGAAUUAUCAUCUACCCAGAUGGAGAGUUGUGACAGGAACACUGCUUGUGAUCCUGUUGGUCUGGGAAAUUCAUUUCCGCUGGAAAGCAUUUGUGAGGAUACAGUUGUUGUGGAGAAGAAACAGAGCUUGUUAAGUAGCUUCAUCCCCGCCCUUCGAUCUGGGGAGUGGUCUCACAUCGGGCAAAGAUCUCAUAUGGAGGAUACUCACAUAUGUGUUGCAGACCUAGCUAAGAACUUUGGUUACAAUUCACUCAGUGAGGAAGCCAUCUCCUUCUAUGGAGUGUUCGAUGGGCAUGGGGGAAAGGGUGCUGCCAACUUUGUCCGUGACCAUUUACCAAGAGUCAUUGUUGAAGAUGCUGAUUUCCCUUUAGAACUAGAGAAAGUGGUCACAAGGUCAUUCAUCGAGACAGAUGCUGCCUUUGAAAAGUCAUGCUCUCUCGAGUCUGCCCUGUCUUCUGGCACAACGGCACUCACUGCAAUGAUAUUUGGCAGAUCUUUACUUGUUGCAAAUGCUGGAGAUUGUCGAGCAGUCCUCUCCCGACAUGGAGUGGCCAUGGAGAUGUCAAAAGAUCACAGGCCUUGCUGUGCCAAUGAAAGAAUGCGGAUUGAGUCAUUGGGUGGAUUCAUUGAUGAUGACUAUUUGAAUGGACAGUUAGGUGUUACCCGAGCAUUAGGUGAUUGGCACAUCAAAGGACUAAAAGAAGUUGGUGGAAGGGGUGGUCCGUUGAGUGCUGAACCAGAACUCAAAUUGAUCACCCUAACAAAAGAAGAUGAGUUUUUGAUAAUUAGUAGUGAUGGAAUAUGGGAAGUGUUUACAAGCCAAAAUGCAGUGGACUUUGCUAGAAGGAGACUGCAAGAGCACAACGAUGUGAAGCGUUGCUGCAAGGAAGUAGUGGAGGAAGCAAUGAAGCGGGGAGCAGAAGACAACUUGACUGUAGUGAUUGCUUGUUUUCACUCAGAGCGACCUCCCUCAGUUACGGUGCAAAGGACAAGAGUCAAAAGGAGCUUUUCUGCAGAGGCGAUUCAGAAUCUUAAAUUUUUGCUUGGAGAAUAGAAAAUUUUCUCUCUGUCACUUUUCCCCUUAACAGGCAAGAUUAGGGGUGGUCAUAGUCCAAAUUUUGUGAUGGUGGUGGUGAUGAUGAUGAUGAUGAUGAUAAAUGGUUGUUCUCUCAAGUGCUGUUGUAAAUAUAUUUCUUCAUUAGGUUUUCUUUCUUCUUUCCAGGAAAGCUCCAUUUUGUUGCAAAGCAGCAGCGAGAAAAUAAAGCUCAAGAGAAAAUAUAUUCUUGUCGAUGGUUCUGGGGCAGGGAUUACAAUUUGUAAAUAGAUAUGGUGAUUUUCGCCGUGUAUGGUCUGCAUUUGAUCAUUUGAACAGUUAACACGUAUAUCUGAACUUCUUCAGCCAUCCCUUGAUGUAUCUAUUGCAUCUUAUAAAUAUGUUCACAAGCAAAAAUCUUUUGACAGAAGUUAUCAGUUCGGAUGAAGGAAACUUUCAUGAUAUAAAUGUGCACGGAAUAUGUAAGGUUUAGGAGGUUGCAGGUAAAAGGGUUGAAUCAUGUUAGAUUCGUGAUGUGCCUUAUACGUGUUGUGCUAAAUUUCUGCAACCACUGCUCAGUUCAUGCACAGUUAUUAGUCUUAUUUAUUUGU